CACUACCAGCAUGGGUAAGGCAAAACCACCUAGAGGCAAGAGUACAAGGAAAAGGUGCAACGGCAGCAGGAGAGAGGGGAGAAACGUACGACUACGUAGUGUCAGACUGACUUCCGUAUCGUUAGGUUAAAUUCCAUUCCGUUAACUUCUCGCUCCGCCAGGUUACCACGAGCAGCAGCAGGAACGCAACACUGGGUAGAGAAUCGGGAACGCAACUGUCAAGGCAGAAACCUCUCUCUCUCUCUCUCUCUCUCUCUCUCUCUCUCUCUCUCUCUCUCUCUCUCUCUCUCUCUCUCUCUCUNCCUCUCUCUCUCUCUCUCUCUCUCUCUCUCUCUCUCUCUCUCUCUCUCUCUUAGAGAAGCAAGAUGGAAAACGGUGUGAAACGGAAGCUGGAGGAGGGGCCUUCGGAAUUCGAACAGAAGGUACGGAGAACGGUAUUCCUAGACGAGAUUGCUCCACAAGUUACGGUAGCCAUCAUGCAGAGUGCGCUUUCCCAAUUUGGAAAGGUGACGAGUAUGAAGUUGGUCAACCAUCCCCUCGAUCCCCUCGUCCCUCAAGGGUGCGCUCUCAUCGAGUUCGCGAACGAGGAACAAGCAAUGCGCGUCGCAGCAACCACUCGCAAGAACCUGUUGAUGGUCGGCGGCAUGCCUCGCCCUGUCCGUGCCCGCAUGGCCUCUAAGUACAUGUUCGACUCCGCGGAGGUCGAGCGAUCGAACCUCCACCACCACCACCAAAAGCAGCAACAGAAGAAGAAGCAGGAGAAGGAGGAGGACGAGAAGGAGAAGGCCAAGCAGGAAGAAGAACGAUCGAGCAAGUGGAAGUUGUCUGUGCUAACACUGGGUGAUGCAAAGAGAGACAAGGCAGAGAAACUAAAGCAGGUGAGAGCGAGGCAGGCGGCAGAGAUUAAGAUGCUUCUAGAAAAGCACGAGGAACAGCGCGCUGAGCUUCAUAAACGGCAGGAGAGUCAUUGGGAGGACGAGUUUAAGAAACUGGACGCGAUCAACAAGGCUGGGAAACAGCACGGUGUGGACGAAUUGCGGGCUUUCUUCGGCAUGGGCCCACAACAGAAAUAGUGAUUCUGAGAACUGCAACUUGAAACGGAAAAAAACAAAAAAAAGAAAAAAAGUUCUGCUUGUGAGAGCACAAUGAAUGGAUGAAGGGCAAUCUCAUGAUCACGAUCACUAUGCGGGCAUCCUCCCCGUCCCCCCUCCCCGUUCCCCCUCCCCGUCCUCCUCCCCGUCCCCCUCCCCGUCCUCCUCCCCGUCCCCCAAUGAAGGGAAACGUUUGUGGUUGGGGAAAGGAGGAAGAGGGAAAAGAGAAAAGAGGAACAGAUGGGGGAGCAUUAAAAAGGAGGCAGGCAACCUCCCCUCACGAUGAUGAUGAUGAUGAUGAUCAUGAUGACGACGAAGAGGAAGGGGAGGAUGGAGAGGAGGGACGGGGAGGAGGACGGAGAGGGGGGACGGGGAGGGGGACGGGGAGGGGGGACGGAGAGGAGGGGGCGCGGGAAAGCAAGACGAGACGCAGGUAGAUUGAUGGAGGGGAAAAGAAAAGUCAGUUUAUGAAAAUAGAGAGCAGUCAAUGCUGUGUGUCAGAGCAGACUUGAAAGGAAGGGUCCUAAGGCCCUUAAAAAAGAAAAAAAAAAGAGGAAAAAGGAAAAAAAAAAGGGUCAACACGGUGCAUCAGCGCAGCUGAUGUAAUGACAUUACUUGGCGGGAAAAGGAGGAGGAGGACGCGGGAAAAAGAACCGGACGGACGCGGGAAAAGGAUAAGGAGGACGCGGGAAAAGGAACGGGACUGACGCUCCCCAGAAUGGAAAAGGAGAAAGGAUCAUACGGUCCGGUUUUCUACUUUGGUUAAAAAACAGAGCAACACGGAGCAACACGGUGUGCAAGAAAAAGGUAAUACGGCGAAGGAAAUGGAGAGGUAGAAAUAGAAAUAAUAGUAAUACUGUAAUAUAUUCAAUCGAUUUUUUUAUAUCAGGUAAAAACCUAGAUUUUUUUAUAUCAGUAAAAAACAUACAUAAAG